AUGAAGUUCUUUAUUCCCACCUUCCUUUUCGCUGCUACCGCUAUGGCGCUGCCUAGCUCAGGAUCUAGCGCCGGUGUCGGUCCUCAGUCUGAGAACGAGGUUGAACACGCUGUGAACCAGUGCGGCAACGGUGCCCAGAUGUCCUGUUGCAACAAGAUCAACAAGAACGAGGGCGUCACCCAGAACAACAUUGGUGUCCUAUCCAAUGUUCUCGGUGCCAUUGGCAGUGAGGGCUUGGGCCUUGGUCAAGGCUGCACUCAGCUUGACAUUCCCGUCUCGGUCAUCGGUGCUGCCGGUUUGACCGACUUCCUCAAGAAGAACUGCCAGCAGAACGUUGCCUGUUGUCAAAACUCUAACUCUCAGGCUAACGGCAAUCUUGUGGGUGUCGCCGCCCCCUGUAUCAGCUUCGGCGGCCUUCUGUAA